AUUCCUGCGGUAGCGUUUCUGUCGCUCGCUGUUACCUCCAACUUGUUUUUUUUUUUUUUUUUCUUUUUUUUUAGUAUUAUUUUCCUCUACCUGUCCACUCCAUUUUUUACGCGGAUAAACGUUUUUUUACUAUCAAAACCGUUUAUGGUCCUGGCUGAAGAUCUCACCAUGUCUCGCACAGACGAGGUUCAUCGCUUGACGGAAAAUGUUUAUAAGACUAUCAUGGAGCAGUUCAACCCUUGCUUGCGGAACUUUGUUGCCAUGGGGAAGAACUAUGAGAAGGCCCUCGCCAGUGUAACAUUUGCUGCAAAAGGCUACUUUGAUGCUCUGGUCAGAAUGGGUGAACUUGCCAGCGAGAGUCAAGGAUCCAAAGAUUUGGGGGACGUGCUGUUCCAGAUGGCUGAGGUCCACAGACAGAUCCAAGUGCAGCUUGAGGAAAUGUUGAAAUGCUUCCACAAUGAGUUGCUCUCGGAGCUUGAGAAGAAGGUGGAUUUGGAUGCUCGCUACUUGACUGCUGCCUUGAAAAAAUACCAGAUGGAACAUAAGAGCAAAGGGGAGAGUCUGGAAAAAUGCCAGGGUGAACUGAAGAAGCUCAGAAGAAAGAGCCAGGGCAGUAAGAACCCUUCAAAGUACGGAGAGAAGGAGAUGCAGUUUGUGGAGACCAUUAGCAAUAAGCAGACUGAGCUAGAUACCUUCAUUGCUGAGGGCUACAAGACGGCUUUGUCUGAGGAACGUCGCAGAUACUGCUUUCUUGUGGACAGACAAUGUGCUGUGGCCAAAAACAACAGCGCCUACCAUGGAAAGGGUAAAGACCUUUUGACCCAGAAGAUCCCAGUGUGGCAGCAGGCCUGCUCAGAUCCCAAUAAACUCCCGGACAGAGCCAUGAUGCUGGCCCAACAGAUGUGUUCUGCUGCUCUUGGGGGCACCAGUCCCCUGCACUCCUCCAAAUCCAAUCUGGUCAUCUCAGACCCCAUACCAGGGGCUCAGCCUCUUCCUGUUCCCCCAGAGCUGGCUGUUUUUAUGGGCAGUGGUCUUGGACACCCAGCGAGGCUGAUGGGUCCUGAUGGCAUGUCCAUGGUCAAUGGGACGACAGGAGUCCAUGGAGAGGAAUACUGGACAGAUGGGGGUACAAUGUCAGUCUCUCAAGUUAGGCCGUCAUCCCCUCAGGCUCAGACACAGGGUCCGUCCCAGGUCCCGCCCCAGAGACAGGUCAGCGACGUCUACUCCAAUACCCUACCCGUCCGUAGGCCUGCUCCAGCCAAGAAUAAAAAUCCCGUUGGGGAGACACGGACUUUGCCCAGGUCCAGCUCCAUGGCGGCUGGACUGGAAAAGAACGGGCGCUCCCGCGUCCAGGCCAUCUUCUCCCACGCUGCAGGUGACAACGGUACCCUGCUAAGCUUCUCUGAGGGAGACGUCAUCACUUUGCUAGUGCCUGAGGCCCGUGAUGGCUGGCACUAUGGAGAAAAUGAGAAAAACAAAAUGCGUGGCUGGUUUCCAUUCUCUUACACUCGUGUGCUCCCUGAGAGUGAUGGGGACAAGCUGAGAGUGAAUUCCAGUCUUCAUCAUGGUAAAAGCAGCAGCACAGGGAACCUGCUGGAGAGCGAUGCAUCAGUGCCCACACCUGAUUACGGCCUAACUGCUCGACUGCUGGCCCAGAGCUUAGCACAGACCCGCCCACGCCCUUACAGCAUGGCAGGGUUUGCUCCACAGCCUGCUAUUGAGGAUUACGACAGCCGCUUUGCCACAAGUGACAGUCCUGAUGGAAAAUUGAUUUCGACUGUGUGAGAACACACAUACAGACAGACACAGACAGCUCCGGAUAGCACAGGGGCCUCUUCCUCCCCCAUCUUUUCCUUCCUCUUCCCCUCCCUGCCUGUCCACUUGUCUGCACCUCUGCCUCCACUCACACCCCUUCUCCGAAUGGAAGAGGCCAAUUUCAUCCCUCCUUUCUGUCCUCUCUUCCUCCCCGGGUUCCUCCUUUUCCUCCUCCUGUCCAUCCUGGGUGCUGCUGCUGCUUCUUCUGGCGUCGGUGUGGACAGUAGCGGCUGGUGGGUGGAGGAUUGCGUUGAACAUGAAACCCCGAGCGGGGCCUACCUGCUCGACAUGCAGCGAUACGGACUCUGAACACUCUCUAAUCAGUCCGCACAUCUUGGACUGUUCUCUCAAGAGACUGCCUUUGCUACUGCUUGUCUUUCAUGCAUGUACAUGGUUGUGUCAUUUUGUCAAAAAACUGAAAGACAUGUUCAUGUACUGUUCAAGUGCCAAAAGACCUCAGUGUCGUUGUACUUAAGCCACUGACUGAAUGGCCUUUCCUUAAGCACCGCAAGGGCCCUAAUAUUGAGUUCCUACCCAACAAGCAUACAAAAAAAAAGCUAUGUUAUAAGUAACUCUGUCCAAUAGCUUGCUGUGUUUGUUUUGAGAAAUCCCACAGGUCCUGCUGUGCUUCCUCGUGUCAGUGCUAGAUCUUUUUGUCAAGAGGGUGUGUCAUAUUGGCCUUACUUUAAUCUUUUCCUUUAUACACACUUAACAUAUUAAUUAUAUAUUUACAAAAAUUGAAUACUUAACAUUACACCCUUGGGCAUAUUUCUUUAUAUAUUUGUUUAUUUCUAUUUACUUAUUUGCAUUCCUGACUGACUUACUACCAAGAUUUGUUGCUUAAACUAUCAUAGAAUAAUUUCUUUCUCCCACUUCAAGCUUUAUUAGCAAACUUUUUAUUGACCACCCUUAAAUUAUAGUUGUGAAUAAUUUGACAUUUAACUACGACCACAGCUUUUAUGCAUUUUUCCUUGUUUUUUUGUUUUGCUUUUUUGUUUUUUUCCUGAAUGGCUGUACAAGUUUGGUCUUUUCUUUUAAAGGGAAAAAAACUAUCAAUAAUAAAUACUGUCCUUGUAAAAUAUCUCAAGAUACAAUGAUAAACAUACUCAUGCAUGCUGUGGAGGGGAAAACCAGAAAAAUGUGACUCUUAAAAUUGACCUUGAAUGUAUGGUGACUUUUUACAAAGGUAUUCUGAAUAAAACACAUCUCUAUAUAUUAAUAAAUGGUUCUGGUCUGACGAGGAAUAUUUUCUGCCACUGACGAGGAAUUUCCCUUGUUUCAGUGUUUUCUUUCUGCUUUUUUUUUUUUUUUUUUAACUUAAAAAGUAACAUUUUGUGAGUAAUUCCGUUACGGCUGUGUCCCAUGCAUGUUUCAUCCCUGCCUCCUCCUCCCACCCAUGUCGUACCUGUACUGUCCUUUGGGGGUAACAGUGGUGUUUUGAUACAGUAUUUUUAUUGUGGGAAUCUGACUUUUUGCUGCCUGCACACAUUCCUUGAUUUUGAAUUUUUGCUUGUGUGAGGUUUGUAUUUGGUUUAAAUAAAUUAGCCGUUUUCACUGUUUAUUUUGGUCCAUUCUCAGUAUAAUUUUCUCCGUUGAGACUGUGUUGAAUUGACGAGGCAUGUGAAGCAUGCACAGUAGUGUUGCACCGCUGUUUUGCAUUUUUCAUUGAAAUAUAACCAGCGUACAGUAUAUUUGUCUUGCAUCAGACUAACAAUUGUCAUUACAAGUUUUUACCUCAUGCAUGAUUUGAGGUGUGAACCACUCAAACCCCAAGG